CAUGUGAGCCCAAACUGGUCAUUCCAGUCAGCGCAACUCUUUGGGCAGAGCCGCGCUUGACAUCGCUCCAAAGGUCUUCACCUCCUCCAGAGUUUCAUCCUCGGAUGUGGCCACAACUCCUGGUUCCUUAAAUAGGGACGGUCUUUGCAACCAGUUCUGUUGAUCCCUAUCCUUGCCAUCUUUCUUUCUGCUCCAGCCUCUCGGGGGAGCCACCGGGUGCUUCAGGGGCUGCGACGGGAUUGCCGGCUGAGCCAGACCGACCCCAUUCCCAUCCCCUCCGGCUGGGUGCACUAUGAAGAAAGAUGGCGUGGAUAACUUGGCUUUCGAGCCUUCCAGUCCGGCUCGCGAAGAGCAGAAGACGACGGUGGUCUCCCACGACGGUCGCUCGGCGAUCGGCGACUCGCCCAGUUUUGAACCGGGCGAAGAACUCUGCGGCUUCGGCAAGUUCACGCCCCCUGCCCUGCAGAUCUGCAACAACCCCAAAGGCUACUUGCUCUUCUACAGCCUCCUCUCUAUCUUUCAAGGCAUUGUGGUAAAUGGAUUAAUAAAUGUGAGCAUUUCCACUAUUGAGAAGCGUUAUGAUUUGAACAGUUCCCUCACUGGUGUAAUAUCUGCUGGCUAUGACAUUUCCUUCUGUGUAUUAUGCCUUUUUAUAUCUUUCUAUGGCGAAAGAGGGCACAAACCAAGAUGGCUGGCCUUUGCGUCUUUCUUGAUAGCAGUAGGAUCGCUUGUAUUUUCCUUGCCACAUUUUACUGGUGGACCAUAUAUAUAUGGUGAAAAAAUAGAAGAAACCUGUCCAGUAUCUCAAGCUGCAGUUAAUAAUGCCACAUGCGUUGCUGGCUUAAGAAAAUCUAAACUCUCCAGCUACUUCUAUGUCUUCAUGCUGGGACAGUUCCUAUUGGGAGCAGGUGGAACUCCCCUUUACACACUGGGAACAGCUUUCAUCGAUGAUAGUGUCCCAAAACACAAGUCUUCAGUUUACAUAGGAAUUGGUUACGCCAUGUCGUUGAUGGGUCCUGCUGUUGGCUAUGUAUUAGGAGGACAGCUGCUUAAUGUUUAUGUUGAUUUCAAUCGUCAUGUAAGAGAAGACAUCACUCCAGAAGAUCCACGCUGGGUUGGAGCCUGGUGGGUGGCAUUUGUUGCAUGCAGUUUCUCUACAUGCCUUUUGGUAGUACCAUUUUCAUAUUUCCCAAAGCAAUUGCCAGGUACACACAAAAUACAAGCUGAAAAGAUUUCUGAAGCUCAUCAUGGUGGAGCCAGCAUGCAGGCUGAAUAUGGUGGGAGGACUUUUCAAGACUUCGUACUGACUCUCUGGAUGCUGUUGAGGAACCCUGUGCUGAUGUGUCUUGUAAUAGCUGCUGCCUUAGAAGCUUCCAUUGCCACGGGCUUUGCAACUUUCUUGCCCAAAUUUAUAGAAAAUCAGUUUGGCUAUACAUCAAGUUAUUCAGCUACCUUAGGGGGACUUGUGUUAGUCCCAGGAGCAGCAAUUGGCCAAAUCAUAAGUGGCACCUUAGUUUCCAAGCUGAAACUGAAUUGCAAAAACAUAAUCAAGUUUAUUGUCAUUACUUGCUCAUUGGCACUCAUAUUAAAUACGGUCUUUUUGAUUGCUAUAUGUGGGAAUGAACCAUUUGCGGGUGUCUCUGAAACGUAUAAUGGGACAGGCACAUUAUCAAAUUUAACUGCACCCUGCAAUGCCCAUUGUAGAUGCUUGCGUUCAGACUUUUUACCAGUCUGUGGUACAGAUGGAGUCCAGUAUUUUAAUCCGUGUUAUGCAGGAUGUACCUCUGCUUCCCUUCAAGGAGGUUCAAGGGUCUACAAUAGCUGUUCCUGUAUUGUGAAUCCCAAAAUUGUCAUUGAGAAUAUCACCAAUGGAGCUAUUUCUGGGAAAUGUAAAUCAAAGUGUACAAGCCUACCUUUGUUUCUUGUCUUUUUCUUCUUUGCUGUUGUUUUUACUUUUAUGGCAGUUACACCAACAACAGUGGCCAUUCUAAGGUGUGUACCAGAAAGGACCCGAUCAUUUGCUAUGGGUGUUCACAUGCUGUUUCUACGAAUUCUGGGCACUAUACCUGGACCAAUCCUGUUUGGUGUUGCAAUAGACAGUACCUGUACACUGUGGGAUAUAGAUAAAUGUGGCAUUAGAGGAGCAUGUUGGACCUAUAACAACCACAACAUGGCCUAUAUGUUAGUGGGCAUAAGCGCAUUUUCCAAAGCAGUUUCCAUAAUUUUUACAAUUAUAUCAGCUCUCUUAUAUAAUCCUCCACCAGACCAAACUGAGGCUUCAGAGAAGAACGAAGAAACAGUGACUUCUGUACAUCUUUAACAUGGUGAACAACUAAACCUUUCUUAGGGAUUCACACAGAAGAAAAAUCUAAGACUGAAAUGGCAGCUUUAUACAAAUGUAUCAUAGCAGCUGGCUCUGCUAAAUAUUAAUCGUGUUAGUGCUGUUUCAUUAAAAAAAAAACAACUUGGCAGGUGUAUUUCAGUCAUGUGAAACAAUUUUUCAUUCAAGAAAAAUAACAUGGGUUUGGACUUUGACUUUCCAGGAAUGGAAUUCCACUAACAGGAUUCUUCCGCUGGAGGAGGGGGAAAAGUGGAGAGGAAAUUUGCAUUGCAGCCCCCUGCCUCCCCUCUCCAAAUCUGCAUCAGAGCGUCAGGGGAGUUUCCAGAGUAGCCUGGGAGAGAGUACAGGGGGCUGUAGAGGGAAGAGGAAAUCAGCAAAAAUUGCCUCCAGAAAUGAAUUGCAAUGGGAGCUACCACUGGAUCAGAGGCUCUUCUGUGAACAGAAGGGCAGGUCUGGGUCCAACCCAUGGAAUAUUGCAGAAUAUAAAAUAGCACUUUGACCAACAGAUCAAGUAUUAGGAGUCUCAUUUAUUUUCUCUGUUAUCUGGUUUGGGUCUGUGUAAUUGGCUGCAGGAGCAUGUGGACCACAGCAGAUUCAUGACACGGGGGGGGGAUCCUGUGGAAGCUCUUAUUGCAUGAAGUGGCCAAUACAUAUAGCUGCAAAUCAUGGCAGCGACGUGUAUAGACCCCACUCGGGGGAGGGCAUCUAUUCAUACAGUUGGUACCUCUAUAAGCCCACCAACUGCUUCUGUACUCUUGUGUAUCUGACAUGGCCUGUUGACGUGGCCUGUCAGUGAACUGUGAUGAACUAGCUAUUUAAGUGCAAAUUUUGCUUGUUUAAAUUUCUCAUAAUAUUUUCUACAAAACAGCAGCAAUACUGUUGGCUAGUAAACUAUAAGCUCAAAGUACUUUACAUUUAUUCACACCUCUGUUUCUUAAAUGAUGAAUGUAGAUUAAUGUUUACAUAGCUCGCCAGGUUGACAAAACUGAGUGCCUGUUUUUAGACUUUAUUAAAAUGUAAGCACUUUGACUUAAUAGAAACUAUACAAUUACUAGUGUGUCCUGUGGGUUUUGUGUGUGAAAAUCCUUGUGAGUCACUGAUUUUCUUGACUUCUUUUGUUGAUUCAUAUGUUUUGUUGAUUUCUUUUGUUGCUCUGGCGAAUGCCUCUGUCGUGUAACAUUAUGUAUACUUAAAAAAAAAGUUGACCAUAGGACUACUAACUCAAAGCAAAUAUCUCUGUUAGAGAAUGUUAUUAUAAGCCCAAUUCAUACACUCAAGAAAAAUGGUUGUUAAGUCUCCAGAUCCCUCUGAUGUAACUAUAUGAAGCUUUGGGCUAUGCCUAUUUAGAAACAUACCAAUUUUAGUCAGGAGAAUCAUCUGUAUUAUAUCAACUACUUAAACCUGCAAAAUAAUUAAAUCAAUUACUUUGCACAUUUUUAUGUGCCUUACUGUGAAAUUAGGAGAAUGUCGCCUUUCAUCUAUGCAUAGUGAAUUUUGUGAAUGCCCGAACACUCAGAUAUGCAACAUUCAUUAAGUAUAUCUGAGAAGUGAAGAAAUAAUAUGUUUAUGCUUAGACAUUCAUAAAAUUUAAUCUAUGGUCCUUGCUGUUCCCAUAACAUUGUCAACAUUCUCUAAACUUCAGAUACCCCCAUGACACAGGCAUCCUCAAUUUUAGUGCCAUAAAAUGGAGACUUGCAGACUGAAUAUUACAUGUGUUCAUAAAAAGUAGCAUCGGUAGGGAUUUUAUCUUUUUGCACCUUAUUCUCUAUUCCAUGUCUUCCCAUUAAUUCUUUAAAGAAGGGUGAGAAGAGGCAAUUUACAUCAUAUAAUGCCCUAGCUGUUAUGAAAGGACAUUGCUGGUUUAAUUUAUGGAGCAGAGAGAACAAUUCAACAACAGUGUUACUCAAUACAACUUGUCUGUUUUUAUAAGGGUAUCAGAAAAGUGAUCUUCGGGAUCAUCAGCAGUAAAAGGAUUCUGUAAUUAUGCCCUAAGAUCGACAAAACAGAAGCCAGCACACGUUAGGAACUCUGCAGCAUAAGCACUUGAUAUACUUUUUUGCCGAUGCUGCUCUCAAGUUUAUUUAGUUCUACAUUCUUUUUUGUUUUCUCUCAAAAUUUUGAUGACUUAAAUGCAAGCAGUUUAUAAAUGAGUGAAAAUCUUUUUUUGCAAUGCUCGGCAAACUAAUCAAUAUUAUUGUAUGUGCCUUUAUAAUGCAAAUACAUCCUCAGGGUUAGAAAACAUCCUUGGUUUUUAUGUGUAUGCUGGAUUAUUACAUUAAAGUAAUACAUUACAUUACUGUUGAUCAUUCUAGAAACAAUAGAAUAUGUAUUGAUAAAGAAAUAGUAGAAAAAAUAACCUUUUGUCAUUUUAGGCAAGCCAUUACAUUUAUGAUUACAAGAACAUCUCUUAAACCAAGUGCCUUAAAGACUUCAGCCACAAUCCAAAAAGUGGGUGCCCAAGGCAUACAUUGCAAGGGUCUCUUUUCUUUUUCUCCAUAGCAAUCUAGUGUAGUGCAUGUUGGAUUGCUUUUUAGAGCUCCCCCUUGUGAAUUACGAGGAGUACGUUAUCUCGUUGUGCCAAAAUAAAAAGUACAAUUGCUUACACCAAACUGCUUACAUAAGACUGGCACAGACAUUUCUAAGUUUUAGCCAGUUGACUGCAACAUAUUGACUGCAACAUUGUUUUUUUUUUUUACAGAAAUCACCGGGUUCACUUUCUGAUACAUUUAUAUGCAUAUUACUAUUUUGGUGUAUGAUUGUAUAUAAAUACUCUUCUGAUUAUAUUGCAAAGAACUUACGGGUUUUUUUUAGUGUCAAACAGUAUCUUCUAAUGGGAGCAGUCUAACAUAGAGUUAGGUGUGCUCAGACUGUGUGUGGUCAUUAUGAUUUUGUUCUUUGAAGGCUUCCUGUAUGCUCUUUUAUAUUGCUGCUGAGUGCCAGAUUGUUGCACCACUUUGUUGUAUCAAUGAAUGUAUUUUUUUAAAAAUAAUAAUGCAUAAUUCUAUGCAAAUAUCUGAACAGACUUCACUCCUGUUGUGUCUAACAGCUCUGCAUAAUAUUUUAAAUGAAAAAAGUAUUUAUUUUAGAGAGUCACACCAAGAUGUAAAUGCCUUACAAAUUUUAUUUUGUUCAAAUAG